AAAAAAAAUAAAAAAAAAUCAUUUAUUAUCUUCUCCUCCCUCCGCAAAUCAAAGCGCCAGUUGCGAGGUGAGUCGCACAAACUCCAUCCAUGGAAGCCUCAACAGGACCUCCUCGUCUCCCCACACCUCCAACACAACCGAACACCGAAAUUCUGAAACAAAAACUCCUCCGAAAAGGCGUAUACCCAACCCCCAAAAUCAUCCACACCCUCCGCAAGAAACAACUCCAAAAAUCACUUCGCAAAUCAAAACGCCAUCAAUCCCAAUCCCAAUCCCAAUCCCAUUCCCAACCACUCGCCCAAUCUCAGGCCCAAUCCAUCGCCGAAGAAGCUCAUUUCCAAACCCUAAAAACCGAGUACAGAAACUUCACCAAAGCAUUCGAUUCCACAACUGAAGGCAAAAAUGGUGUUCCGAUGAUUGGGAAGCCUUGGGAGAGGUUGGAGAGAGUCGGAUUGAGAGAGCUUGCGAGUGCGAGCAAAGAGCACGCCGCCCAUAAGCUGAAGUCCGAGCAUCUGAGAGAAUUGAGUGAAAUUCUCGAGAAGGAGCGUGAUCAGUUCCGGUGGCUUUUGGACGACGACAUCGAACUGGAAGAGGGUUGGCUGGAGAAAGAAAGGCGAAGUCAGGCUCCGCUGAAACGACGCCGCGAUGAGGGAGAAGAGAUUCGGUUUCUUGUUGAUAAGCUGAGUGAUACGAACCUUAACGUGAGGGACUGGAAGUUUUCUAAGAUGAUGAAACAGUGUGGACUACAAUUUACUGAAGGUCAGCUGCUUAAGAUUGUUGGAGGACUUGGUGAUAAAGGACAGUGGAAGCAUGCAAUCUCUGUCGUUGAGUGGGUAUACAACUUGAAAGAGCAUACACAUUAUAAGAGCAGGUUUGUAUACACAAAACUCUUGGCAGUUCUUGGGAAAGCAAGGAGGCCUCUUGAAGCUAUUCAAAUAUUUGACUUGAUGCGUGGAGAUUGCCAAAUAUAUCCUGAUAUGGCUGCAUACCACAGCAUCGCUGUUACACUUGGUCAAGCUGGUCUUCUGAAAGAACUCAUGAACAUCAUUGAAUGCAUGAAGCAGAAACCUUCCAGAAAAUUAAAAAAUAUGCGCCACAAGAAUUGGGACCCUGUCCUUCUUCCUGACGUGGUUGUAUUUAAUGCUAUUUUGAAUGCUUGUGUUCCAUCCCAUCAGUGGAAGGGGGUGUCUUGGGUUUUUGAGCAGUUGAGAAAGAGUGGUCUGAGACCCAAUGGAGCAACUCAUGGACUUGCAAUGGAGGUGAUGCUGCAAUCUGGAAAGUAUGACCUUGUCCACGAGUUCUUUGGGAAAAUGAGAAGAAGUGGGGAAGCUCCUAAAGCCCGCACCUACAAAGUUCUUGUCAAAGCCUUUUGGGAGGAAGGUAAAGUAAAUGAGGCUGUUCGAGCAGUCAGGGAUAUGGAACAAAGAGGGGUGGUUGGGACAGCCUCUGUAUAUUAUGAGCUAGCAUGCUGCCUUUGCAACAACGGGAGGUGGCAGGAAGCUAUGGAAGAGGUUGAGAAGCUGAAAAAACUUCCUCUUACUAAACCUUUGGAGGUUACCUUCACUGGCAUGAUUAUGUCAUCCAGGGAUGGUGGACAUGUUUCUGACUGCAUAUCUAUUUUUGAACACAUUAAAGACCAAUUCGCCCCUAACGUUGGAAUCAUAAAUGCCAUGCUGAAAAUUUAUGGCCGGAAUGAUAUGUUUUCAAAAGCUAAAGAGUUAUUUGAAGUGCUGAAGAGAUAUAUAUCUGUUUCUAAUACUUGCUUGAAUGGCUGUGGUUCUUCCCUUAGUCCAGAUGCUUACACUUACAACACAAUGCUUGAGGCAUGUACUAUUGCUCACCAAUGGGAAUACUUCGAGUAUGUUUACAAGGAGAUGGCUCUUUCUGGGCAUCAGCUUGAUCAAAGUAAAAACGCAACUCUGCUUGUGGAAGCAUCCAGAGCAGGGAAGUGGCAUUUGCUGGAGCAUGCAUUUGACACAAUGUUGGAAGCUGGUGAAAUACCUCCUCCACUGUUCUUCACCGAACUGCUAUGUCAAGCAGCAGUGCGACAUGAUUAUGAAAGAGUAAUCUCCAUGGUCGGCGCAAUGGCCCAUGCUCCAUUUCAAGUCAGUGAAAAGCAAUGGAGAGACAUCUUUGAGAAAAAUGGAGACAGGAUCGGCAGUGAUAGUUUAAAGAAACUGUUAGAGGCUCUCUGUAGCAGUGAUUUAUCGAAGGAAGCCACUGUCUCGAACUUGUUAAAAUCAUUGCUCUCUCUCUGUAGUUCUGACAAUUUAAAAGGGAUUUCAAGUUCAGUAACUUCAGGCGAUUCAUCCGUGGAUGAAUCAAGUUUGAAUGUUGAUGAUGGUAGAUUACAUUGUGAUGGGCGUGCAAAUGCGCAGAGUGUAUCUGCAAAUAUUCUUAGUCCUUGCAAUAACCUUUAUGCCGAUGGUGAGACAUCUGAUACAUUCUAUGAUGGUCAGACUAGUAAUGGCAGAGAGGAUGAUUCUGAUUCAGAGAUGACGUCUAGGUUCUCAAAUUAUGUUUGCGAUGGAAAUGGGAAGUCUAGCCUAUUUACCAACCUUGAGGAUUUGGCUGAUGACUUGGCAUCUGAUGGAUCUGCUGAUUGUUGUGAUGACAGACUCUCAAAUCAUGUUGAAGAUGGAAGAUUUGACGAUGUUGGUGAGGAGGAGCAUGACAAUCCCACCAACAGUGACACUCAAGAAUUCGACUUGCCUUCUGCACACGAAAUCCUGGGAACUUGGAAGGAAAGCAGAAGGAAGGAUGGUGUUUUCUUCCCCAUUCGGUAUUCUGGAAAACUCACGUAAGACCUUCUUCAUGCUAUUGAGCUCUCUCUCCAAGGUUUGGAUGCGUGAGGCGGUGGUGUCCAUGGCCACCUUGAGUUGAGCUGCCUGGCGCAGAGCUGCGUCGCGUUGGAGGAUGGCACCGAGGGUGAUG